AUGCUUCUUCCCAUCUUUGCCCUAUCUUCGCUGGUGGUCGUCACAGCUAGUCCGACGGCUCAGCACAUUCGACAGUCAUCUCAGGGGACUGCGACCGUCGAUAUCAGCACAACACACGGCCCGGCGACCUUUCUUGGGUCUGGAUUCAUAUACGGGUGGCCAGAUAAUGGCACGUCUAUCUCGACUCUGAUUCCAGACUAUCUGGUCACUGGGAUCAACUUCAAUGCGAACCGUGCCGGUGGAGCUCAGCUUCCCGUCGGAGGAUGGGCCACUGGUGGCUUCAGCGGCUAUACAACGAGAUUUCAGUCGGCCUUGUCAAACUACCGUACCACGCGCAAGUAUGGCGGAGAGUUCAUCCUCCUCCCUCACGACAUGUGGGGUGCAGACGGCGGCUCGGGCUCAGCGUCUCCGUUCCCCGGUGACAAUGGAAACUGGACUGAGAUGGAAGCCUUUUGGACCCAAGUCAUGUCAGAUCUGGUGGAAAAUGAUAUGCUGGAUGGCCUCAUCAUCGAUUUGUGGAAUGAGCCUGACGGGUCAGGUUUCUGGCCCCGUAGCUGGGACCAAUUCCUCGAGUACUGGAACCGUGCCACUGUGCUUGUGAGAGCAGGACUACCUGGAACUCUGAUCAGUGGCCCAGCUAUGGCGAAUGCGCCUGGUCUCCAGAAUGAGAACUGGCUCACCUGGCUGCCAUCCAUUGUCGGUAACAACACUGUGCCUGAUCACUACUCCUGGCAUCAGAUCGGCGUAUGGGAGCGGUGCCCGGAUUUGAAUGUGCCAGACUUUAACACACUGCUCGCUGAAUUCGGUGCGCCGGCGAGACCGAUCGACAACAACGAAUAUGCUUGGCCAUCGGAGCAGAACCCGGCAAAUGCGGCGUGGUACCUAUCCCAGAUGGAACGACACGACAUCCGUGCUUUACGUGCCAACUGGGCUGGCGGCUCUGACCUUCAUAACUGGAUGGCUAAUCUUGUAUACAGCAAAAAUGGUACAUACUAUCCCAACGGCGAGUGGCAAGUAUACAACUACUACGCAGGGAUGAGCGGCGAGAGACUCGUGACCACCGCUUCUUCUGACACUCAGUUCGAUGCGUUUGCUAUUCGUCAGAACAACAACAUCAAGGUCUUGGCUGGUACUAGGACGAUUCAGGCGCCAUAUGAUAUCAGGGUCACCAACCUCAAUCAGAUCGGCCUCGAGGAAAAUGGAAGUAUCAAUGUCCAUGUUUACCGAUUCGAUUGGGAUGGUCCGGAAGGAGAGAUUGACGGCCGUGUUGAUCUCGGGACAACAACGUAUUCCUAUACUUCAAACGAGCUCAUCAUCACGCUGGAUCCGCCAACUAAUUCGACUGCCUACGCGUACGAAUUCUCUGGAACUGGCUAG